AAAAAAUAUUGCUGAUAGAGUUUGUAUCUCACUUUCCCAAACCAACGCUUCUCUUCUCUUUCUGAAAACAAGAGUCUUGCGGCUGAAGAAGUGAAAAACCCUUCAUCGGAGCCGGAGCUCUCCUAUUGACUGGCGAGCGAAAGAAUUACUUUGAUAGUUAAUGGCAUCCAAGCUUCAGCAAUUGCAAGCCAAGGCUUGCCAGGCCACCCAAUUUGUGUCCAAGCAUGGAACUGCCUACUACAAGCAGUUAUUGGACCAGAAUAAGCAAUAUGUUAAAGAGCCAGCAACCGUGGAGACAUGUAAUGAGUUAGCCAAGCAGCUGUUUUACACUCGUCUUGCCAGCAUUCCUGGCCGCACCGAGUCAUUCUGGAGGGAACUUGAUUAUGUCAAGAAUAUGUGGAGGCACAGGCAGGAAUUGAAGGUUGAGGAUGCUGGAAUUGCAGCUCUGUUUGGUCUUGAAUGCUUUGCAUGGUUUUGUGCUGGUGAGAUUGUUGGAAGGGGGUUCACAUUUACUGGUUACUACCCCUGAAAACAAACUGGGUAGUAAUUGUGGACCAAUUGAUUCACGUAGUCACGAUCACGGCCUACAUGCAAGAUUUUGUUUUCUUACAAAGUUUUUGAAGCUGAGAAAUCAGUGUUAACAUUUUUAACGCCACAAUAAUUAGCAUUUUCUACAUCUGGAUUCCCUCUAAACUGGGGUGGUUUCAAACUUCAUAGUACAGUAAUUUUCCAUGGAUGAUACUGAUACUGCAUCCUGUGUAUCUCUAAGAAGAGUCUUGUUGGUGGCUUCCUGAUUACGGGUUAGACGUUUCUCCCUCUAAUAAUGUCCGACUCUCACGUUGUUGUGAAUAUCGAUCAUACCCUAAUCGAUCUCUUUUAAUCUUAGGAGAGCUUAUUGUUUUA